AUGGAAGGCGCCACAAUUGUGGGAGACGUGGACUUGCUGGAAAGGGCAAGUGUCUGGAACCAUGUGGUGCUGCGCGGCGACCUGAACAAUAUCACCAUCGGCCAAGUGUCCAACAUCCAGGACCGCACUGUCAUCCACGCAGCCAGGACGUCGCCGACGGGCCUGACUGCAGCGGCGCUGAUUGGAAAGUUUGUGACGGUGGAACCCAACUGCACGCUGCGCUCGUGCCGCAUCCAGGACUACUGCAUUGUGGGUGCACGCAGCGUGCUGAUGGAGGGCAGCAUGAUGGAGUCACAUUCGGUGCUGGCGCCUGGCAGCGUGCUGCCCCCUGCGCGCCGUGUGCCCACAGGGGAGCUGUGGGCAGGCAACCCCGCGCGCUUUGUGCGCAAGCUGACGGACGACGAGCGCGACGAGAUCCGCGCCGUGGCUGUGGAGGUGCGGCGGCUCGCUUCGCAGCACUCGGCCGAGGAGCUGCCGCACGGCACCGCGUGGCGCGGCGUUGAGGCACAGCGCGCGGCACAAAUCGAUGGCGGGUUGUACGGCUGGGUGGACCUGCGGCGCGCCAAGUACAACAUCCGUGUCAAAGAGGAGCAGGACGCAGCUGCUCGGCGGCUUUGA